ACAACCUUCCUCGCCGAGCCCGUCGACUUGCCCUCAAUCGCAGCCACACUUCUGACUUGAAUGACUGUUGUUGACUUAUCAUGUAGUACUCCAGGGAACAACCUUCAGGGACGAACUUCAGGAACGAACGGCAGAUGUACAUCGUCGUCGUUAUUGAAUACAAAUAUGAAAGCGGGUUCGAGAUAACGACUGGUAUCCGUUGUCCGGCACUGCUGUUGACGGUAACCUUCAGGAGUGACGGUGCAGUUGCCCUUGAUAGAAACUACAAAGAAUAGCAGUUGCCGUUCCGAGAAAGGUGCUGCCUCUCCGACUUGAUGAUUUCCAUUUUGAUGAUCGUCUCGCAGGAUUUUGCCUCCCAGGGUGCCAUCACAGCUGACGCGACGACGAUGAAGGUCUGUAUACUUAAUAGGAUAGAGUGGCCUUCAUCGGGCCUGGUCUGUUCCGUGUAUAACUUUCAAGACUGUAAAAUUCAAACUCCCUUUUCCUCACGAGCUUUUCGAGACACCUUUCCGUUCCGCCAUCACUGUACGGUCGUUACUCCUGUGCUUGGAGUUUGUGCCCAAGGUCCCCCUCUGCCACUAACGACAUCGAACAACUUGACCAAAGACCGUUCAGAUGGAGAGAAAGUAUCGAUGGCUAGGGCCGCCAUAGAUAUAGAGGUGACUGUUGCAACGACAGACGCAAAUGGAACGUUACUCUUCCAUGAUAACACUGAAACAACACCCACCCUCUACUCACAAAUGGCGGAAUUGGACAUAAUAACUCGCAAUACGACUUAUCGAGAACUUUUACAAGACCAACUCCCACGAAUAGCGGCAGAAGUAGCAUCCUCAAACCUUGUCAGAUUCUUCCUUUACGAUUCAUACUCGGACUCGGCUGACCUUGAAUUACGUGAUAAUAGCUUUUCGAUCAUCUGUGAGUUUACAGUCAGUAUAUUCGACAGAUUUCACAUAUUGAUAUCAUAUAUUAGGGUACACGGAUACGCAGCCACUAAAGCAUAUAUUGCUUAUCAGGAUGUCCACUUCCUGACGUUGGCACAACAGUUAUGGGAAUUCGGGAGAGCGUAUUGUAUCUCGGAUGAAGACAUCGAAGCGAAGCAGAAUGCAAAAAAGACCUCGUCUCUUCGAACUGAAUGCGAUAGUAAAUCGUUAGUUGGUGGAGUUUUUCAGGCAUGUUCCCCCGAUAUUUUGUGGAUUCUCGCUGGAAGUGACAUUAUUGUCAUCAAGACAACAAAUCUAACGAAUGGGGCGAUUGAGAAUCGAGCUACCGCGGCCUUUUUUACUCUAUCGGCGGUACUGGCCGAAGCGACGUCGAACACUACCUACAUCAAAGCUGCAAAUCAAACCCUUCAGUUCCUCAAGAAUUUCGGCUACUUUCCACGCUCGAGCGAUCCUACGGACGAGAAAGUUAUCCUCGCUUUGGAUAGUGAUCCACCCUGUCAUAGCAAUACCUGGAUACAAUGGUAUCCAACCACCGGGGAUAUCAUCGAAGGAUUGUCCAUUCUUGCGUCUCUCCAGGACGAUGCAGCGACCGAAAGCUUGUUGAGUGGUCUUUACUCUCGUUAUCGCUUGCAAGACGCAAUCAAUUCGUCCACUCUAUACCGGAACAAUCAACGGUCAGAUGGCGUUAUCCAGAUAGCGGGGAUGUAUGUCUUCCCGCUGAGCGACCCGUUUUUGGUGCGCGGGCUUGGGACGGCAUAUAGGAAAAAUCACAUCGACCCUAGUAUGCGUGAAUAUGUCAAAGAUUUCAUAAAUAUUCAGUACAACUACCUACUGGAUGAUGCAUCUCUACGACAAUCAAACGUAUACGUGGACUCCGGGGUUGGACUGCCCCGGCGACCGCCAGCGCGAACAACGCUCAGUCCGAUAAACCAGACAUACACUGUUAUGGUACUUGUCCAGGCUAUCGGUUCUGCCAACGGUACAGAUGCUGGUGAUCCGUCGUCCAGCCCUCCGGGGUCACCGGGGUCACGGUCAGGGUCAGGACACGGAACCACAAAAGCCUUCAAAACUAGCGCGAUAGUAGGGAUUGUUGUUGGAAGUGUAGCCUUCCUUGCCUUGCUUUCGGGGCUGAUAGCGUGUCUUUGCCUUCGCAGAAGGAGGCGGGAACGGAAGGUACCCUCUAUCUACCAGACUUCUCCAUUUCACCUACCAGGGUCUAACGAGAUGGACGAGUCAAGUCUUACAUCGCCAACAUCACUGGCAUCACCGGGAGUACGCGUUAAAUCCCGGUUGAAAGCUCGGUACUCUGCACGAACGCAUACUUUAUCUCCGGUGUCCCCAACAACACCAACGACACCGGCAACUCUAGCUUCCCCAUUAUCACCGGGGGCACGAGUUCAAAUCCGCCUGGACCCUCCGCGCCCUCCAACAGAGCCCUUUACGGCUGGGACUUCCGGGGAAAGCCCAACUAUAGUACACCCACAAAAUGUUGAUUCUGGACCACUGACCGACGAUCCACAUGCAAGAUUUCAUGCUAUGUCGACGGCGGAGAUGAUCAGAAUCUUGAAUGCACGCGUCCAAGGAGAAAGGGCGGAUACUGAAGGGCCGCCUUCGUAUCCGCAAAGUGAGGUUGGUUGA